UUUGUCAUUGAAGCAUUUCUUCAUUUUCUCUCUUGCAUCAUUUGAAAAUGUAAGAUCAGCAGAAGCUUGUUGAUUUUCGUGAUGUUACAGGAGACUGAUAAGUGAGCAAAAACUAACUUAGGUUGGGGGAGGAUGCACACUUAACCAGAUAAAUAUCACAGUCCUGUCGUGUUUUAGAUCAACUAAAAAGAGUGUUUUCAGACAUUUUCAGUGAACCGAUGAAGAAAAUGUUUCUCAAAUUAGUUUUGUUCUGUUUGUGUUUCUGGCGUCUGACUGGUGUGUUUGGAGAUGAAGAGGAGUAUGUGACAGUGCUGGAGGGAGAUUCAGUCACUCUAGACUCUGAUCUUACUGAAAUGAAGGAUGUUGAUGUGAUUCAGUGGAGAUUUGGAAAUGAAAACACUUUAAUAGCUGAAAUCAAUGUAACAGCCGACAGAAUCACUGUAUAUGAUGAUGUUCUUGAUGGGAGAUUCAGAGACAGACUGAAGCUGGACAAUCAAACUGGAUCUCUGACCAUCACAGACAUCACAACUGAACAUGCUGGAGAUUAUAUACUAGAGAUCAACCGUGUGAGAAAGAGAAAGGUCAAUGUCCAUAUCUAUGUUUUUAUGUCAGUGUCAGUGAGGGAGGGAUCUUAUACCACUCUAAAAUCUGAUUUUACUGAAAUGAAGGAUGUUGAUGUGAUUCAGUGGAGGUUUGGAAACACUUUAAUAGCUGAAAUCAAUGUAACGGUCGACAGAAUCACUGUAUAUGAUGAUGUUCUUGAUGGGAGAUUCAGAGACAGACUGAAGCUGGACAAACAAACUGGAUCUCUGACCAUCAGAAACUUCAGAACUGAACAUGCUGGAGAUUAUGAACUAGAGGUCAACAGUGUGAGCAUGAGAAAGUUCAGUGUCAGUAUCUUUGGAUCAGUGAAGUCAGUGACAGUGAAGGAGGGAGAUUCAGUCACUCUAGACUCUGAUUUUACUGAAAUAAUGGAGGAUUAUGAUGUGAUUCAGUGGAGGUUUGGACCUGAAGACACUUUAAUAGCUGAAAUCGAUAAACAGGACGACAGAAUCACUGUGUAUGAUGAUGAUCUUGAUGGGAGAUUCAGAGACAGACUGAAGCUGGAGAAACAAACUGGAUCUUUGACUAUCACAAACACCACAACUAAACAUGCUGGACUUUAUGAACGAAAGAUAAACAACUUUUGGACCACUGAUUUCUGUCUCGCUGUCUUUGAUGAAAUGUCAGUGAAGGAGGGAGAUUCAGUCACUCUAAACUCUGAUCUUACUGAAAUGAAGGAUGAUGAUUGGAUUCAGUGGAGGUUUGGAAACACUUUAAUGGCUGAAAUCAAUAAACAGGAUGACAGAAUCACGGUAUAUGAUGAUGUUCUUGAUGGGAGAUUCAGAGACAGACUGAAUCUGGACAAUCAAACUGGAUCUCUGACCAUCACAAACAUCACAACUGAACAUGAUGGAGAUUAUAAACUACUGAUGUGGAUUUCACAGAGAUACUCAUUAAAAGCAUUCAGUGUCGCUCAUCUGCCAGUUCCUGUCAUCAGUAGAGACUUUUCUUCAUCAUCAUCAUUAUCAUGUUCAUUGGUGUGUUCUGCUGUGAAUUCUCUCUCUUCCUCUGGAGGUGGAAUAUCAGGAUGAAAACUCCUACAGCUGUGUGAUCAACAAUCCCUUCAUCAACCAGACUCAACAUCUCAACAUCACUCAACUCUGUCACACAUGUUCAGACUCUGUCCACUGUUGUGGUCCUACUGAAGUUGUGAUCCGAUUGGUCCUCUCUGCUCUGGUGGGCGUGGCUACUGUCAUUCUUCUGGUUUAUGAAAUCAGAUCCAGAAGAGCUGAACAACAUCAAGCACAUAUUCACACAUCAGAAACCUAAUGUGUCAUUUCUCAUAUUACUAUUUUUUUGUCAUUUAUUAAUCUUCAUUUAUUUGUAAUGGCUUUACAUGCUGGUGUUUACUGUAUGAUUAUUUUAGCUGGCU